CAAAGGAUGCAGCUAGGAGAGCAGAUCUUGACCAGCUCUGCUCCUAACCUACCCCACACAUUCUACCCUUUGCCGGGGGACCCUAGCAGCGCUGCCCAUAGCCCCAGUUUGGACUUCAGUGUAGGGCAGCAUAAAGGACAGCAACAGCACAAGAAGUACUCCAGGGGGCACCACGUAGAAACCAGUGCCAAUCCCAGAGAAACUGGCACAUCCAGCACAGGCGCCAUGCUCAGCGAUGCAGGGGAUACUUUCUCAGCAUCUAAAGCGAUACCUGAAGGCGGCCGCAAGGACUCCCCAGUUGUGGAUGAGGACUUAAACUCCGCGGCGACCACUGCCGCUCCUCGCUACCUGGACAACAGCCUGCAGUCAGCUUCCGAGCGCUAUUAUCUCCAGUCCCAAGGGCAGCAGCCCCAGCAGCCUGGCACAGAGCUGGGGUCCCCCUGUUCAAUAUUCCCCUAUGCACCCCCUCAGCACAGCGCAGUUUAUCCAAGCAGUGGAGCUGCUAGGUACCCCCCUUAUGGCAGCAUGCUGCCUCCUGCAGGCUUCUCUCCUCCAGUGUGCCCCUCUCGGCCUCAAUACACUACAGGGUAUCAGUACACACAGCCCCCAGGGACCAUGUACAGCCCUUACCAGUCUGCUGGCUCAGGUGGUGGUCUGGGUGCGCUUGGCCUGGCCAGUACAGGGUCCGGGGUGAGGGCACAAGUAUUCCUGUGUAACAGACCCCUGUGGCUCAAAUUUCAUCGACACCAGACCGAGAUGAUCAUCACCAAACAGGGCAGGCGGAUGUUUCCAUUUCUCAGUUUCAACAUUACUGGCCUAAACCCCACAGCUCAUUACAAUGUGUUUGUAGAAGUGAUCUUGGCUGAUCCCAAUCACUGGCGCUUUCAGGGUGGCAAGUGGGUUACUUGUGGCAAAGCUGAUAACAACAUGCAAGGCAACAAAGUGUAUGUUCACCCAGAGUCUCCAAAUACAGGAGCUCAUUGGAUGAGACAGGAGAUUUCCUUUGGAAAACUGAAACUAACUAACAACAAAGGUGCGAACAACAAUAAUACCCAGAUGAUAGUCCUACAGUCCCUACACAAGUACCAACCGCGCCUACACAUAGUUGAAGUUACAGAAGAUGGAGUGGAGGACCUAAAUGACUCUGCCAAAACUCAGACCUUCACUUUUCCUGAAAACCAAUUCAUUGCUGUAACUGCCUAUCAGAACACCGAUAUUACCCAGCUUAAAAUUGACCACAAUCCAUUUGCAAAAGGCUUCAGGGACAACUACGACUCCAUGUACACGGCUUCAGAAAGUGACAGAUUAACGCCAUCUCCUGCGGAUUCUCCUAGAUCACAUCAGAUAGUGCCCGGAGCCCGUUACAGCGUUCAGCCUUUCUUCCAAGAGCAAUUCGUCAACAACUUGCCCCCUGCCAGAUACUACAGCGGGGAGAGAACUGUACCCCAGACCAGCGGGUUGCUGUCCCCUCAGACUCAUGAAGAGGUUGCAAAUGUUCCACCACAAAGGUGGUUUGUGACUCCUGUACAACAAGCUAAUGCCAACAAACUAGACAUGGGUCCAUACGAAACUGACUACUCAUCCAGUUCUCUGCUCACUUAUGGCAUCAAGUCCUUGCCUAUCCAGACUUCUCACCCCAUGGCAUACUAUCCAGAUGCAGCCUUUGCUUCCAUGACUGGAUGGGGAAGCAGAGGAUCUCCUUAUCAGCGGAAAAUGUCCUCAGGUUUGUCGUGGUCUUCAAGAUCAAGUCCACCUGGUUUCCCUGAAGACCUGCUGUCUAAGGACAAAGUGAAAGAAGAAAUGGCCUCUUCGUGGGUUGAGACACCCCCUUCCAUAAAAUCUCUGGACUCCAAUGAUUCUGGUGUGUACACAGGGGCUUGCAAGAGAAGAAGGCUUUCUCCUAGCACUUCCAGCAAUGAAAACUCCCCCCCUAUAAAAUGUGAGGACAUUGCAUCUGAGGACUACAAAGAUGCAUCCAAAAGUUUGGGCUACUAUGCGUUUUACUCUAGUUCCUAA